UCACUUAUGAUGGGAGUUUGUCCCACGUUGGUGUUGGGAAAGCGCGACUUACAUGAGCAUGAGAUUGUAAAUUAUAGGGAAAAACCGUCUCCUUGGCUGUCAGCAGUUUAGUAAGAGAUCCCACACCUAAUGUUCACUUUAAAAAGAGCAUUUUUUGACUUCCAGGCGAGUGGAUUAUUGUUUCUGGAGCAAAAAGAAGGCAUUAAGUCGCUUUGCUUCGGUUUAUGGGCUCGACAGAGCCGUGUGCGGCCCGGCGUUUCCUCAUUCCCGCGGAGAAUGGCCUCGAGUGCGGACAGCGCUCCGACACAGAGAGCGAGGAAAGCGCCCAGAGAGACGCUGCGCCACGUGAAGACGCGGGAACAGCGGAGACACGGGGAGCUGAACGGCGCGGCCACGGUGUACGUGCAGGUGGUGGGAGCCGGCAGCCGCGACAAUGGCGCGUCGCUCUACGUCUUCUCCGAGUACAACCGGUAUCUCUUCAACUGCGGUGAAGGAACACAGCGACUGAUGCAGGAACACAAAUUGAGAAUCUCCCGUUUGGACAACAUCUUUUUAACUAGAAUGAGCUAUGAAAAUGUUGGUGGUUUGUCAGGGAUGAUACUGACACUGAAAGAGACAGGAGUUCCUGAGUGCGUUCUUUCAGGCCCCCCACAGCUGGAAAAAUACUUAGAGGCCAUUCGUGUUUUCUCAGGAACUUUGGAUGAUAUCAAACUAGCCGUUCGGCCAUGCACUGCACCAGAGUACUCGGAUGAGACCAUGACUGUUACACAGGUACCAAUACCUGCCAGGCUCGCCAGAUACAGGCCAACCUCCAGCUGCUCCCCCUCCAGGGAGUGUGUGGCACGCAACAGUCGCGUGACAGAUUCAAUGGAAAGCUUGGGUUCGAAGGUCACCAGAGAUCCCUCUUUAGUUGUUGCCUUUAUUUGCAAGCUGCAUCCAAAGAAGGGAAAUUUCUUGGUUCUUAAAGCCAAAGAACUUGGAUUACCAGUUGGCACAGCAGCCAUUGGGCCCAUUGUUGCCUCUCUGAAGGAUGGGAGGAGCAUCAUCUAUGAAGGAAGAGAGAUCCGGCCAGAGGAGGUGUGCACCCCUGCUGACCCUGGGCCUGCUUUCAUUGUAGUUGAAUGCCCUUCAGAGGAGUUUGUCGAGCCGCUUUGCACUAGUGAUGUCAUCAGCAGAUACCAGAAUGGAGGAGGAAAAGACUCAGUCGCCCUGGUGGUGCACAUAACACCAGAUUCGGUCUUAGAGACGCAUCAGUACAAGAGCUGGAUGGAAAGAUUUGGUCCCAGUACAGAACACCUGAUCUUGAAUGAGCAGGUGUCCACUGUUCACAAUAUCCGGAGCUUUAAGAUCCAAACACACCUCAACAUGAUUCACCCAGAGAUAUUCCCACAGCUGAAAAACUACACAGCUGAGGGAAAAGAGGCUGUCCUACCUGUGCCCGGUGUGAGGGCCGAAUGCAUGCUCAAGUUCCAACUACGGCCAAAGUUAGAAUGGCAAAGAGACUCCAUUCCCAUGUGUGAUAUCACUGAGUUUGUGAAGGAAGCUGCAGAAGUGCCUGACUUCCUCAGGGAGCUGGAGCAGUUUAAGAAAUUGCAAUCCGCUAAUACUGCAGUCACAGAAGUAGAGAGUGUAAAGUACCCAGAAGUGGUGUUCCUAGGAACAGCAUCGUCUCAGCCCAUGAAGAUCAGGAAUGUUAGUGGAACCCUUCUCAACAUCAGCUCUACUCAGUCCAUAUUGCUUGAUUGUGGUGAAGGCACAUUUGGGCAGCUGUGUCGUCACUAUGGCAACGAUGUGGAUGACCUUCUGACAAAGCUGUCCACGAUAUUCAUUUCCCACAUGCAUGCCGAUCAUCACACGGGAUUGUUGCAGCUGCUCUUUCAAAGGAAGAGGGCCUUGGAUGCUUUUGGGAUACCAUUUUCUCCUGUUCACUUGGUGGCACCCCUUCAGAUCAUGCGUUGGCUGAACCAGUACCAUGAUCACUGCCAGGAAAUACUUAACCAUGUCAACAUUAUUCCCUCUCGCUUUCUGACUGCGGGAGCUGAUACACCCAGUCACAAGACAGAAUCUCUAAUCCAGUCUCUUCUGAAGAAGUUGGACCUGGAGAAGUUCCAGACAUGUGUAGUGCCACACUGCAAGGGCUCCUUUGCCUGCAGCCUCUCCCACCAAGCUGGCUGGAAGGUGGUCUUUUCUGGGGACACUGUCCCAUGUGAAGCCCUGGUUCAAAUGGGGAAAAACGCAACAUUGCUGAUUCACGAAGCUACACUAGAGGAUGGAAUGGAGGAGGAAGCCAAACAGAAACGGCAUAGCACAAUCUCACAAGCCAUUGAUAUUGGGAUGAAGAUGAAUGCCAAAUUCAUCAUGUUGAACCACUUCAGCCAGAGGUAUCCCAAGAUCCCCCUCAUCAGUGCAGAUUCUGGUGAUCGGGUGGGGAUCUCAUUUGAUCACAUGAAGGUCCACUUCACUGACUUUGGCAUCCUACCAAUGCUGGUGCCCUCACUCAAAACCUUGUUUGCUGAGGACAUUGGUGAAAUGGAGGACAGACGGGAGAAGCGCGAGAGGCGGGAUCAGAGACAAGGGAAAGCAACUUGUGUGGAGCCACUCAACAUGAAAGGGUUGCCUGACCCAAUGUUGAUGGGUACAAUUAUUCCUGUACCAGGGAUGGGCAGUGACAAACGAGACCGGGAAGAAGCCAGCAGCGACACAUUGAACAAAAGAAUUAAAUUCAGUUAAUUCAGUGACCAAUAUGGAUGCUUAACUUAGUUGACUUCAAAUUUAUAAAUAGUAUGUGGUUACAGAGUUUAAUUAAUUUAAUUAAAAAAAAAAAAAAGCUAAUCUACUAUGUAUAAUAAGGAUUCCAAGACUGCAUGAUCCAGUCUCUUAAGGGAUGAAAUAUCUAGAAAUAAUAUUUAGUUGAUUUUCUUGAAAAUAAAAAUAAACCUGAUUGCUGUUUGGUUUCUUUCAUUAUUAGUUUAUAUAAAUA